AUGUCGUCUUUUUCGCUGUCGAUUCAGUCAGCUGCUCAUCUUCCGGCAAGGCGUGAUAGGGCAAUCACUCAAGCAGUGGGUCGACCGUCAGAGAGCUUCCAUCCCACACUGUGGAGCGAUCGCUUCAUCGACAAAGGUGAUCUCUCGCUCCAGAUCAUCAAACAAAGACAUCCCAAAUAUGAAGUUCUCAAGGAGGAGGUGAGGAAGAUGGUGAUAGAUGGGGCUGAAAGUGAAACUGAUGAGAAGGCAGUAAUUGCCGAUAAGUUGCGGCUAAUAGAUACUGUCCAACGUUUAGAAAUUGGGUAUCAUUUUGAAGCAGAAAUAGAAGAAGCACUUGAAAGAGUGCACGCUUUUGGAGAUGACUUAUUUAUCAAUAUUGAUGACAACAAUACUACUGAUCUCUACCAUGCAACUCUUCGAUUUCGACUCCUUAGACAACAAGGCUUUCCAGUUUCUUUAGAUGGGUUUAGGAAGUUAAAGGACAGUGAAGGAAGGUUCAAGGAACAAUUGGCCGCAAAUGAGCAAGGGCUAUUGAGCUUACCCUCAGGUCGAUCCUCUCACAAAAUACCAUCAACCAUUCAUUUCGAAAGCAAAUCGAUUUUGCCCUUCGCUUUCCUAUUUGGAAAUGCAUUCCAAGGUUGCUUACUAGGCAUUACAUUCUACUUGGAGGACCCUUCCCACGAUGAGACACUCCUCGCAUUUGCAAAGUUGGAUUUCAACAUAGUCCAAAAAUUACAUCAACAAGAGCUCUGUGAAAUCACUAAUUGGUGGAGAAGUCUUGGAGUAGGCACCAACUUUCCAUAUGCAAGAGACAGAGUUGUGGAGUGUUAUUUCGAGCUUCAUAUGCUCACAGAAGCUAUUGAAAGGUUAGAUAUUAAGGCUCUCAAAUUACUACCUGACUCGAUGAAGGAUAUUUACCGUGUCAUCAUUAAUACGUACGAUGAAAUCGAGAUGGAACUUGAAAAAACUGGAUCCGCCUUUGGUGCUGAUUAUGCUAAGGCAGAGCUAAAACGAAUGUGUCGAUCCUACUUCGUUGAGGUAGGAUGGCGUACUGAAGGAUACGUUCCAACAGUGGAGGAGUAUAAGACAGAUGGAUAUAUCACUGGCAGUUCUCUCAGUGUUCCCACAUCUGCUUUACUUGGGAUGGGAGCAGAAAUAGCAACAAGAGAGGCUUUUGAAUGCCUUACUAACGAACCUAUGGUGGUAAGAGCUCUCGGUGCUAUUACUAGGCUCCAAAAUGACAUUGUCUCUCACGAGUUGGAACGAAAGAGGGAGCAUGUGGCUUCAGCAGUGGACUCCUAUAUGAAGGAGCAAGCAUCAUCAGAGGAGGAAGCAAUCGAAUUCUUUUGGAAGGAGAUUUCUAGAGGUUGGAAAGACAUUACUGCAAAGUUUGCAAAACCAACUCCGGUGCAUGUAGCUCUGAUAGAACGUCUUCUCAACUACGCACGUUUUUUCAUGUGUUAUACGAGAAGGGUGAUGGCUACACGAACACUCACCUUUUAA